AGUAAGUUGUAAAAAUUUACUAAGAGUAAAAUUAAAUAACUUUAAUGAUAAUUAAGUGUAGUAAAACGAAGUAAAGUUGUUUUAUCAAUAUACUAAAACUGUAUCUGACUGACUAGACUAAAAAUUUAAUUCAGUAAAACCAUUACUAAAGUGUAAAAUAGCUCAAAAUUAAGAACUACUGUGUGUAUAACCUUUUGUCGAGUGAGUGCCCCAAGCGAGCGGUGCGUUGCAAACAUACUAGUAGAUGAAUUAUUAUAAACCUGAAUAAAGUGUCUAAAUGUCAUAGUGAUUAAACCUUCUAAAGUGUCAAUAACAUACUAAUUGUUAUAAUUUGUUUGUAUAUGGAUCUUGUGUAGUGUAAAGUGGUGAGUGGUGUGACUCAAUGUUGCAUCAUUGAUUUCAUAUAUAUAUUUAUCUCUCUCAAUUUUCUGAGACAAAUAUAUUGUCACCAGAUUAUUGAGUAGGAGUGCCAACAUAAAAAAAAAAAAAAAAAAGAAUACACCAUCAAGCACAGACACAGCCUUCAACACAAGCACAUUCAUUGAUCGGUAUAACUAGAAUCUAUAGUACCAACGCAAUUAGCAUUUAUAUAUUGAAACAGCUGGUCUCACAUAUAUAUACAUGAAUAUAAACAAACAAUCUAAGCAUAAACAUAAAAUGGCAACACAAAACAUGGUUACAAACAAUUCUAUAUUAUGUUCAACUUGUAAAAAUAAAAUUGUAAAUGAAAAAAUUAAAUGUGUCAAUGAUGCAUGUAAUGCAUACUAUCACCCAGGCUGUGCCAAAGGGUUAAAAAAAAAAAUGAUUGUGAAAUGUGUCGCAAAGUUCUGACACCUGUCACCACACCAUCAAAUACAUUAAGCACACCAACUGAUACAAUUUUUGAGUUUGAUAUAACUAAAUAUCAGAUUAGUUUUGAUGAAAAAAUAAAUCAAUUGACAAGCAAACUGGAUUCGAAAAUAACAUCAAUCAGAAAAGAAUUUAAUGAAACAGCUAAGUCAAUUAAAUCAGUAUGUGUUGAGCUAAAUACUGAUCUUGGUAAAAUUGUAGCUGCACACAAUGUAGCAAUAAAAAGCUUACAAAACAGCAUGGCUGAAAACAAAAAUGCUAUUGAUAUACUAAAUGCUAAUAUUGAAAACAACAAUAAUAUUUGUAUACAACAAAGUGUAAAAGAAAUAGAAGACAGACUGGCCAGAAAAAGAAACUUCAUAAUACUUAAUAUUCCUGAAUCAAAAUCACCAAGUGAACUGGUUAAAAAAUCUGAUGACAUUAAAGAAUUUACUAAUCUUAUAAAAUCAACUGACUCAGCUGAACUUGUUGAAAUAGCUGGUAAUGUGAAUCUCAUAAGAAUUGGCAAAAUAAGUAAUCCAGCUAAACCAAGACCAAUUAAAGUCAUAUGCAAAAAUUCAACUGACUGUGAAUUUAUUUUACAGAGCCUUUGGAGUUUCAAGAAGAAACCGGAAACAUUGAGUAUUUUACAAACAAUUUACUUCUCCAAAGACAAAACAAAGCUUCAACAAGAAGACUUCAAAAAAGUAAAAGAAGACUUAAUGAAUCGUAUGAAAAAUGGAGAGAAGAAUCUGGGAGUAAGAGAGCCUUGGACCAAUUUCGUUUAAACGUCAAAUAACGUCACGUUUCGACAGAGGAUCGACCCGAGUAGAAAUUCAAGUCAGGUCCUGAUUAGGACCUGAUCAGGAUGUCAUCAUUUCAAAUCAGGAUGGUAAUGUUUCUUCAUAAGGUUCGGAUCCGGAUUGAAUGAGUGUACCUGACGUCGUCUUCAAGAUAACGUUAGGAUACAUGAUCCAAAAUCGAUCCGAAGUCUAGAUCCAAUUGUGAUCAGGGUACCUGAUUCGAAAUGGCAAACAUAUUUUUAUUUGCAAAAAAAAAAAAAAAAACAAAGUUUUUUUCUUUAUAUUUUUCAUAACAUAUAGUGGUAAAUAUGUGACGGAUGAAUAAACUAUACA